CACAAAACUCAUUUCAAAUAAAUUUAGGCACAACAUCGUUACAAAAUUUCAGUUCUAAUCUGAAACAUUUUUAGUAAUUUAAAUAUUACUGAAUUCAAAACUUUUCUCUGUCUCCAAGAGAAAAAAGGUUCCAUUAGAAAAAUGCAGAAAGCGGUGAAUGCGUGGACAUCCCACAACUCGAAAAAUUAUUCCCGUUUCGAGUUGAUAAAUUGGGUGAAUAAUAAACUUUGUAUCAAUCUUGUCAACGUUGAAGAAAUGAAAACUGGAUCGAAGUAUUGUGAAAUGUUUGACUUGCUCUUUAGGGGAAUUAUUAACCUUAACAAAGUGAAAAAUAAUUCCACAUUUGAACGUCAUUAUAUAAGUAAUUUUAAGAUCUUUCAAAACGGCUUGAGGAAGGUAGGGAUAGUGAAGGAACUCGCAAUAGUUAAACUAGCAGCAGGAAGCUAUCGUGAAAAUUAUGAACUGUUACAAUGGUUCCGCAAAUUUUAUGAGGCGAAUUCAAGUCAGGAUGAAGUGGAGAAAAAAGUUCCUUGCCUUAUAGUUGAUGAUAAUUCGGUGUCCUUAAUACAAUCAAGUCAGCCGUUAAAAGAUGUUAGCGUAAAAAAUAAGUCAAGUAAGUCCAGUUUGAAUAAAGCCACAUUAUUUGAAACUAUUGAGCCCCUGCAUACAACUUGUGAUGAGAAGUCCUAUCCACAAGUAAGUCACAUAUAGAUUAAGCUUCCUUCCACCAACUUAUACCACAUAUACGGUCGCCAAAAUUAUGUUAUAGAAAACUGAUACAUAAAAGAAAAUAAAUGGAAAUCCGAAGUGUGAAGUUUAUUAUUUUUUGGAUUAAUCAAUGAAACAAUCGAUCAAGGAUAUUGAAUUAUGUUACAAAAUUUCCUUAAAGAGGAAACUUACUCAUUAGCUAUUAAAGAAUGCCGUGGGAUUCCUUUUCAGUACAAGGAAUGAUUGGUAUAAGUUAAAGUCAUACGAUAACACCAGCUAGUUAGUACGCAUUAAAAAAAAUAAUAUAGUACACAUAAAUAUUUCUAAUUUAAUUAAAACCUAAAUUAUAGCGUGCUGUAGUGGAAAUCUGUGGGAACCUUCAUUAGUAUAUAGAAAUCUUUCAUUAUAAAUGAAAAAGCAAGAAGAUGAAUCUGAAAGGAACUAAAAUAAAUGUCUUGUAUCUGAAAAUUUGAUAUUACUGUUGGAAUUCUGUUAAGUUUGUAGAAAUAUAUUUUAUUUCAGUUUAAUGUUA